AUGGGACAUCUGCCACCAAACCUCUCGAACGUCACAUUUGGCUACCGAUUCAACAAACCAUUGAAACGAGGCAGCAUCCCAUCGUCAGUCGGCACUGUCGAGUUUGGACGUAAAUACAACCUGCCCAUCUUCUUUGGAUGUCUGCCUAGGCUACUGCACACUCUUCGCAUCGGUGCCGAGUUCUAUCAGAUGAUUGAAUCAGGGACUAUCCCCCAUCUGUUUAAACUCGUCCUGAUAUGUGACAGUAGCUUUAGGAUAAACUUCUUUAUACCAAAUCCAAUGGAGUCAUUACCUAGCAGCUUACAGACCAUCAAUCUCCAAACCAACAAUUUCCACAUCAACAUUAGACUUAACAACAUAAGUGACCACUCGAUAAUUUUAUCCAAGUAUCUUGAAGGUGGCAUCAUACCGACCGAGAAUCUAAAGCAACUGAUAGAGAAAGAUAAUUGCAAUAUCUUCCAACGAUUCAUCCAGCCUCAAUAA